AUGUCGGCCACCACUGCCUCCGGUCUCCAUACGACGGAAGCGAUGACGCCUCCCCCACCGACUUCUUUCAUUCUAUUAUCAUCAAUCCGUUGGAAUUGUGAGAAAAGUGAAUGCAGUUUUUCGUGUGCUGUCAACAAGAUGAGUAAUGUAGCUCUUUCUUUCACUGUUGUUGACUUUGGGAAUCAAAUCUCUUUGCUAUGUUGUCAUCUAUGGUGGAUUAGUGAAGAUGGUGUUAUAUCUGAUUUGAUUCUUUUCUUGGAUCAAUAUGCAAAUAAAAGAAUCCGUUUCAGAUUGAAUCAAACUGGAGGUUGA